AAGGAAGGUGGGUGUAGUUGGUUUUCCAACUACCGAAGCAAAGCUGAAAUAUAGUCAUAAAUAUAUGGCAGAGAGGAGAUUUGGGGCAAAAGCCUGAUAUCAUUAUAGUCUCCAAUUUGAUCUCCAUUGACGUUCUAAGGGAUUGUCAAAGAGAAACCUCAAAAAGAAAGGGUGUUCAAAGAGAAGAGAAGAGAAGAGAAAUGGUGGGUCCAGUUAGGCCACAGUUCGUCCUCUUUGGUUCAUCCAUUGUUCAACUUAGUUUCAGCAAUGGUGGAUGGGGUGCUAUUCUUGCUGACGUCUAUGCCCGCAAAGCCGACAUACUUUUACGAGGAUAUUUCGGAUGGAAUUCACGACGUGCCAUACAGGUUCUCGAUCAUGUUUUCCCAAAGGAUGCUUCUACACAGCCUGAAUUGAUAAUAACUUAUUUUGGCGGUAAUGACUCGAUGGGGGCUCAUCCAUCUGGCCUUGGCCCCCAUGUUCCACUUCCUGAAUAUAUCGAGAACAUGAAGCAAAUAGUGAAUUAUCUGAAGGGCCUUUCAGAUUCGACGCGUCUCAUAUUUCUUACUAGUCCUCCUGUCAAUGAAGAAAGAGUAAAUAAAUACGCAAGUGAACAUUUUAGCCACCUUGUUCGAACAAACGAGUUAUGCCAGACGUAUGCUGAUGCUUGUGUAAAGCUCUGCCAGGAACUGGACGUAAAGGUAGUCAAUCUUUUUACUGCUUUUCAACAAAGAGAGAAUUGGAUGACCGAUUGCUUCACAGAUGGAGUUCAUCUAUCUGCUGAGGGGAGCAAAAUAGUGGUGGCAGAGAUACUAAAAGUACUGAAAGAAGCUGAAUGGAAGCCAUCUCUGCAUUGGAAAUCCAUGCCAACUGAAUUCGCUGAGGACUCGCCUUAUGAUAUUGUUGGCGCUGAUGGGAAAACCACGUUGAAUCCGUCCGAAUGGACUUUUCACCAAGAGAUUCAAUGGGAUUAGAGUUCAGAGUUCUGUUUAAGAUCAUGAUCUCCAAAUCCCAUGGAAAUUAAAGGAAGACAGAGUUCAAUAGAUAAACAAGAUUUGUAGGAAGGACUGAACUAUAACCAUUUUAGUCCUAGUUGCUUCUUGCAAAGCUAUCAAGAGUUUAAUUCAAUUUAGUGCAAUAUAUAUACAUAUGGUUCAAUUCCUCAUAAAUAAACCUAGAAACACCUAUUUCAAGCAAUACCAAGAAUAUAUACAUACACCUUUUUAGAUCAA